AUGGUCGGAAAUGCCACGAUAGCGUACCCGGACCUGCGCAGGCAACUUGCCGAACUAGAACUUGUACACGCGUCAAUACUCGCCUACAAUCCGCGAGCAGCGCGACCGCCUGUGCUCGACUCUUCGGUAGACGCUUUGCCAACUCCGCCUCAGACACUUCCAGGGUUGCGUCCCUUUCUUGAGUCUGUCGUGCGCGACAAAGAAGCUCUUACAGGGUUCCUCGCCGAUCCUCACGUAGCUGAACUGCCGCCCUUGUCUACCAAUGCACCAUACUUGAUAUCUGUCUGGAAAGAGGUCCUUGCUGCAUCAAUAUUGGGUCCGAUCGUUGCCGUAGGCAAGACUUUCUACGAUGGUAACCCGGGUCGCGUGCGUCAACCAAAAGCGCAAAGCACAAAAUCCGCGAAGAACGCUGGCGUCAAAGUCGAUGUCGUGGCGGAGGACGGGAGAUCGUGGAUCAGGGUGAACACCACCAAGAACUCGCGGCUGCUGGCCGAAUUUCGCGAGAUCGAUUCGUAUGACACUGGCUCCGAGUCAGAGGACGAGCACGGGCGCCCCUCCCUGGCCCAACGAGAGUUUGAUAACUCCCUACUCUCUGCUGGCCGAGCGCUUAUUGCUGCAGCCAACGCAAAUCCCUUCCCUGGACGAGACGGGCCGCAGCUUCCGAAGGUCACCUUGAGACUUACGCGCCUCGAUCCAGCAGCCAGCAACGACGAGCGAUUGGCUCAGACGGUUCAGUUGCUGCACGACAUGGGACUUCAGGUGUUAUUAGGAGAUAGACCAGAGAACUUUGACUUCAGCUCUACCUCAGAACCAUCCGACGUCACAGAGCUCGUACCUACAAGUCGUGUCAACCUUGAUCUUUCCAUCCUGAUCGCCUUCAUAUCCGAUCUUACACAUGCCCCGCUGCCCGCCACGGAAGACGAGGCAGAGAAGCGCUUUGUCCCCUCCACGUCUUACAUCGAGUGGAAGCGAUCACGCACGCGUGCCAGACGGGGCGAGGAUGGAGAGGAAGAUGCGACUGCCGAAGCGGACGAUGAUCUGAUCAAGCAUUCACGCGCCCUGGCCGACCAGCAGAAGCAGGAGAUGACUCAAGGUUUGCUGCAUGAAGUGCACAGGAGACUUUCGAUGUCUUCGAAGAGCGCUGACUUGUCAGACGCCGAGUUUUGGACGACGAAGGAGGCGCGAGACCGUUGCUUGAGGAUCGUUGCAAAGAUUGGUGGACCCGAUGAGCGCAGGCGUGUGAAAGCACUCUUCCCGUCCCCGGAUGUUCCUCUAGAGCAGGCUCAACUAGAGUACUGGCGCGAUUCACGAUACCCCGUCAACUUUCUCCCCUUGCUUCCAAUCCGUAUCUACCCUACCGCCUCUCCCGAGGGUCCCUCCCGUCCAGCAUCCCAGUUUGCGGCGGCACUCGAAGCGACUUGUCGUGAUCUGCUUGCGCAAGGACCGACUGACAAUCCGAAGUCAGCACCACCUCCACCCACCUGGCAGAAAGCGAACAGUGGCGGUGCGACUCGCCACGACGCAGAUGAACUAUCAACAGCGCUCGUGAACACGAGCCUCGCCGCCAGUGAUGGACCGGAUGACGAGAUCGGCCGAGCGCUGGUAACGCGCGCCAAUCCCAAGCUCACGGAACAUACCGUCCACAGUACGCUCUGGGGCGCCGUGCGCGGCUCAACGACGUUGACUGCCAACCGCGCAAGCGUCAAAGCCUUCCUGCGCGAGAUGCGUGUAAGGGGCCUUGGCACGGGCGGCGCCGAGGUCGCCGUAGAUGCCAGUGGUGGCGGGGCUGGGGUUGAAGAUGCUGUCAUAUGGACUGUAGACCCGCGUAGUCUCGCCGAGGGCAUGCGAUCGGACUUCACUAGUGCUGCGUGA